AUUUCCAUUUAAAGACGUAAAAGAUCAUUUGUAGAAAAGGAGGCAAAUUAUUUUAGUUGUUAAGCGUCCAUUAAGGACAAGUUAUUUCUGAUUGUUUUUACUGGAUUUGAAUGUGAUGAUUAUAAUCCUGCUGUUUGAUGCCAGUUGGAUGCUGUUUUGUUGAGCAUUGUAAGAGAAGUUCUUUUGGAUUGAAAUUGGAUAAGGGAAAAUUGUGAAAGUCUGAUGUAAAACCAUAAUCUAUUGUUAUCACAGACAGAAGAUAGAGUAGUAGCCGUUGAUGUGGAAAAUUUUGUGAUUUACCUGUAAUUCUCACCUGUACAUCUUGUUAUAGCUGUUUCACUGCAUGUUCUAUAACAAUAGUGGCGAUUUCUCAGAGAUUUAAUUAUCAGCUCGUUGAUAAUUUAUUAAUUAAAGAUUGACGUCACAACUGCAUCAUGGGAAAUAAACAGACAAAAAAGAAGUUAUCGAAAGAAGAUUUAGAUUAUCUAGUUAACAAUACAAAGUUCACAAAAACGGAAAUCAAAGACUGGUAUAGAGGAUUUAUGCGAGACUGUCCAGAAGGUCUUCUUUCAAAGAACAAAUUUUUAGAAGUGUACACAACAUUCUUUCCGACAGGAAAUCCAGACAAAUUUUGUGAACAUGUGUUUAGAUCAUUUGACGAAGACAACAGUGGUAAAAUUGACUUCAAAGAAUUUUUGUUAGCAAUUAAUAUAACAUCAGGUGGUAACCCACAGGAUAAAUUGAAUUGGGCCUUUAGUAUGUAUGAUAUAGAUGGGAAUGGGACCAUUGAGAAGAAAGAGAUGGUAGAAAUAAUUGCUGCCAUAUACCAUAUGCUUGGAUCAAACUUGUCAAAUAACGAACUAGAUACGCCAGCUGAGCGCACAGAAAAAAUAUUUGAAAAAAUGGACAUAAACAAUGAUGGUGUUCUAACAAAGAAAGAGUUCGUAGAAGGAUGCAUGAAAGAUCAAUUUCUCUAUCAGAUGUUAACAGCAGACGCUUGCCAGAAUGAAGGAUGAAACAUUUUUUAAGAGAAAUGUUUGCUUAAAAUAUUCCAGAUCAUUAAAAUGUUUUUUAACUUUUUAUUGAGAAUCAGUGCAAUCAUUUUAGGAUGGAAGCAAAUUGACUUCUGACAUACAAAUGUACCAAGAUGGAAAACAAACACAGCAGUGAUAUUCCGUAACAAAUAUUUGUAAUGAUUCUUUUACUAUUUGCAUAAAAAAGAUAAUCAAGUAUUAUUCUGACUAAUUGAAGACCAUUGUUUGUAUUUAAUUGAUCCACACCAGAAGUAUAUAAUGUGAUUGUCAUUCUGUGUAAAUAUUGAUAGUUCAUUUUCCAUCAGUUUAAAAUGUCGGAGUUCCAUUCUCAUCAUUUUAAUUACCACACUUUGUUUUAUAAAUAUUUCUAUUUGCUUUUAACUUUGUAUAAGCCUUUCACAUUAUUUUUAUUUUAUGUUUAUACUUGUUAUUACUUCAUUACAAUUAAAAUAUCAUCCAUUUAAA